GUCCGGGUGGUGCUGGUGCGGCGGUGGUGGCGCGGCAGCUCGCGGGAACCAGGGUCUGGUGUUGCGGCGCCCGUGUUCGCCAGGCUCAGUAUCUGGCACCAAUUCUGGCCCAGUCAUUUGUGACCCAUGGCCCUUGCGAUAUGCCGAAGAUUUCCAGGUAGUUUCUGUGGAACGCCUCCCCGUCCAGCUCUAAUCAAGCACCACGUAGACCAGAAAUUGCCUGGACAGACCUGUAAGGACUGUGUCCUGACUGCCAGAACGAUCAGUACUGACACCAGAACAGCACCCACUCUCAAGUCGUUAAAACCUUUAGGAUAUCGAGCGUUUUGCAGUCCUUUCGCCUGCAGCACAGCCCGAAGUGUGACAUAUUGGAACGUGGGAAGCUACGCACGGCCGAGGGGAUGGGACCCACCAGAAGACAGCGGCCUCUGCCAUCCUGCCAAAAAAGUUGAGCACAUUCGUAGCAUUUCCGCCUCCCAGAGGAGCCUGACGACCAGCAGUGCCCUCCCAGGUUUGGAAUGCAGCAGGGCUUCUGCCUCUAAGGCCAGCGCAUUGAAGCCGGGCUCACGCAGGGCUGCGGGAGUUGUUGAAGAGGAUAUAGAAGUUUUUGAUUCCUUCGAAGACCCCCGAGGUUUCCUCCUGCUAAGACCAGAGUACCAGCUUCACAGCUAUAACAGAUCUGAGCCUUGUCAGCCCCUGUCUGUUUCAGAAGGUGAAUUAAUUUUGCACAAAGUCACAAUUCAUCAAGAUACUCUCCAGCCCCAAGUCAUUGCUGAUUAUUUCUGUAAGCUGAGCUCUUUGCCUGCAGAGCAGCAUCCGGUUUUGCUGUCCAGUGCCAGCUUUGCUUCACUCUGCCAGCUGAGUGUGAAACAUAUACAGCUCUUUGAUGUCCCAGAUCUGAUCAGUAUUUUGAAAGCGUUUGUCAGUUUGGGAAUGCCUCACUCCCAUUCGAUGCUAGAUGUGUAUGAAAUCAGAUUUUGCAGUAAGGUGUGGGAGAUGAGUCUGGAUCAGCUUCUCUUGGUGGCUGAUCUCUGGCGAUACUUGGGCCGCAGGGUACCUCGGUUUUUUAAAAUCUUUUUUAGUUACCUUAACUUGCAUUGGAAAGAUCUAUCCUUGUCCCAGCUGAUUCACUUAAUUUAUAUUAUAGGGGAAAAUCGCCAGGUACCCCAAGACCUAAUGCAAAAACUGGAAUCACUGAUUCUCAAGUACAUAGAUGUGAUCAACUUAGAGGAGGUUGGUACAAUCUGUUUGGGGUUCUUUAAAUCAAGUAGUAGUCUCUCUGAAUAUGUUAUGCGGAAAAUUGGAGACUUGGCUUGUGCUGACAUGCAGCAUCUGAGCAGUUACGCCUUAGUGAAUAUUCUUAAAAUGUUCCGUUUCACUCACGUGGAUCACGUAAAUUUCAUGAAGCAAUUUGGUGAGAUUGCUCCUCAGCGAAUUCCUUUUCUAGGAGUUCAGGGUGUCAUGCACCUGACUCUUGCUUGCUCGGCCUUACGCAUCCUGGAUGAAGGGAUAAUGAAUGCCGUGGCUGCUUCUUUGCCUCCAAGGGUGGCAUACUGCCGAAGUAAAGAUGUUGCCAAGAUUCUGUGGUCCUUUGGAACUCUGAAUUACAAGCCACCCAAUACGGAAGAGUUUUAUUCUAGCCUGAUAAAUGAGAUUCACAGAAAGAUGCCUGAGUUCAAUCGAUACCCAGAACACCUGCUCACCUGCCUGCUGGGCCUGGCAUUUUCUGAGUACUUUCCAUUAGAGCUCAUCAAUUUUGCCUUGAGUCCAGGGUUCGUCAAGUUAGCUCGGGAGAGGAGUAAGUUUGAACUCAUUAAGGAGCUAUAUACUCUUGAUGGUACAGUUGGCAUCGAGUGUCCAGAUUACAGAGGCAAUCGUCUUAGUGCUCACCUUCAGCACGAGGGAGCGGAAAUGCUGUGGAAUUUAGCAAGGAAGGAUAUGUGCUCAAAGCCUGAAUUCCUGGAGGCUCUCUUUUUACUCGAGAACAUGUUGGGGGGCCCUCAGUACAUCAAGCACCGUAUGAUUCUGCCUCAUACCCGAUCUUCUGACUUAGAGGUCCAGCUUGAUGUUAACAUGAAGCCAUUGCCCUUUAACAAAGAAGCCAUACCAAUUAAAGAUGAAGCCAAAUUAAGGCUGAAGCAUGUGGGAGUCAGCAUUACAGAUGAUUUGAUGAGUCAGCUACUAAAAGGGAAAUCAAGAGAACAUUUCCAGGGAGAAGUUGCAUCAGAGACCCAACAGCGGGAAAGGGAAUUAGAGAGUACAGACAUACCUUUGGGGAGCUCCCUUUGCAAUGUGGCGGACAGAUUGGGGGCCAUGGAGAUGGCUGGCCCUUGUCCCCCAGCUUGCACACAGGCCCCACAAGUGAAGCUGGCUAUCCAGUUGACAAAUAAAAACCAGUACUGCUAUGGUUCCAGGGAUCUGCUUGGACUGCACAAUAUGAAGAGGCGGCAGUUGAGUCGGCUUGGGUACCGCGUGGUAGAGUUAUCCCACUGGGAAUGGCUCCCACUAUUGAAACGAACCCGCUUAGAAAAGCUGAUGUUCCUCCAUGAGAAAGUGUUCACCUCUGCUCUCUGAAGGGCUUGAAUUCAGGGACACUGUGACUCGUAACUGCGGUAGAGGUAUGCUGUGCAAGGUGUUGGGAAACAGUUACACAAGCCAGAAUAUAGGUUUGGUAAUGAAAUCCUCUUUUGAGGAGACUUAGUUGUGCUCUUAUUUAUGGCAGAGCGAAGUCACUGUGUGUGUUACUGUGAAUUAGUUGUAACCUGGCGCCAUUGUACAUGUCGUUGCUACUUUGUGCAGGUAACUAAUAAACAUCUUAAAAUUCCCUAUUUUCAAGUAA